CCCCGCGCGCGCCGCGCCCCGCUGCGUAACGGCUGCGGGCGGCGCGGUGAGGAGCGGAGCGGAGCUGCGCGCCCGCCGGUCCCCGCCGCCUGCCCGCAACUUUGAAUCUCCACUGAUGCAAGAAGUCCCAGAGCACCAAGGCAACAGCACAGAUAGUUCGGGAAGCAGUUUGGGAAGCACUGUCACAGCAUGUAAAAAGAUCCUCUGCAGUAAUAGCCUGCUAGAAUCAACAGACUACUGGCUGCAGAAUCAGAGGACACCAUGCCAAAUUGGCUUUCUGGAAGACAAGUCAGAAAGCAACUGUGCCUCAGUUUGUUUUGUGAAUUUAGAUGCAAACAGAGAUGAUUGCAGCAAUGAACAAGUGAAACAGAAAUUGAUCAGCGUCUCUCCAAAUCUCCCUAAACUCAUCAGUUCUAUGAAUGUACAACCACCAAAGGAAAAUGAAAUAGUCCUACUGAGCGGAUUAACAUCAGGAAAUCUUCAGGCUGAUUAUGAAGUUCCUCAGUGUCCUUGGCAAGCAGAUGUCUGCUUGGUUCAGUGUGCGAGGGGAGACAGGAAGAACAGUGCAAGCUGCAUCAUCUUUGAAAUAAACAAGUUUCUGAUUGGGCUUGAGCUUGUUCAGGAGAGACAGCUGCAGAUAGAAGCUCAUGUCUCAAAGCCUGAGGACGACACAAACUGCUCAGUGUCCUCAAUAGAAGAAGAUUUCCUCACAGCAUCUGAGCAUCUCGAGGAGGAAAACGAGGCUGAUGAAUAUAAAACUGUAGCCCAUGAAAAAAUAAGUGUUUCAGAAGCAUCUUCUGAUGUCAGAAAAAAUAAAGGAAAAGGAUUUGAAAGUCUCCAUUACAGAAAAGCCAGGUUGCCAUUAAUUCUUGAAGGGAAUUGCAUUAAUGAAGAUAACACAGAUAGUAAAGUCUCUGAAACUGUGCAUAUUGUGGCAGAAGAUGGCAUCUCACAACCUGAAGAUAAGCCAGAGCAGGAAAUCCUGUGUCAAAAGGAAUUAGUGGGAAGAGCUACGUCAUCUCUCAGUACUGAGGAUUUGACUAGCAACAUUGAAAAUUCCUGCUCAGUGAAUGUGUUAGAUGUAUCUUUAACCAAAAUGGCUAAAGAGGAGCUGGGGCCUCUUUAUGACUCUACAGCAAAACCCAACAGCAAGGCAGAGGUAGAGGAUUGUGCAGGUGUUAGGAAAAGUGACCCUCCCUUGCAAAACAAGCAAGCAGCUACAGGUCAGUACGCUACAAAUCUAGCGGAGUCUGUUCUGCAAGAUGCGUUCAUUAGACUAUCACAGUCUCAACCCACUUUCAGCGAGGAGGCUGCAGUCAGCAUCUCCGUAGGAAGCUCCUGCAACUCAAAAGAUGCAUCUGCUUCUCGAUCGUGGAAUGAACUUCCAAAGAUUGUCAUAGUGCAAAGUCCAGACAGCAGUGAGAAUGUGCCAGACUGGCCAGGGUCUGCCUUCCCAAACCUGUGCCACUGGACUGAAACAGAAAGCUCUGAAGUUUCAGAUUACUUUGAAGACAACCAUUCAAAUGGACACAGCCAGAGUGCACUGGAGAUGGCUCUGGCUUGUGCAGCAACUGUCAUUGGAACCAUUUCAAGUCCCCAGGCAGCAGAAAAAUUCAGAAGGGAUCAGGAAGCUGCAGAUUCUAAAAGCGAAACAGUUGAUAAUGAAGAUCUACACACAGAUUCUUCACAGCUACUUGAAGACUGUACUAGCACAGAAUAUUCAUUUCUAUCUGCACUGUGUGGCAUGACUCAAGUAGCAAGUGCUGUAGCAGUCUGUGGUCUGGGAGAAACAAAGGAAGAGAAGUACCCUGCAACUUCGAGUGGGCUGCUGUCUGCAGCUCAGACUUCUGCAGCCAUUACUCUUCAUUGUAGCAUAGCUGUAGGAAGCAGCAUGGAAAAGCUGAAUGAUAGCAUUGCAGAGGCCCUUCUCAAAGAGGCAUCAAUAAUUUUGACGAAACCCAAUACAUACAAAAAUGUAGGGCAUUUUAUGGAAUCCAUAAAUGGAAGAAUUAUUGAAACAGCAGCAAGGCCACGGAUUCCACACUCUGAUGAAGUAAUCAGAGAUGAACUGGCACAAAAUUUAUCCAAUAUUAUUCUACGACAUUCUAUUGAAGAGGUCAGGAAGAAAAGAGAGCUACAGUCCCAUUCAGAAAGCAGCUCAAGUACACAAGACAUUUUCAUGGAGACUGCCAAUGAGUUGCUUUUUAACGUGAUAUAUUUCACUUGCAAGAAGAUGAAUGACAUAAGACAAGUUGAAGAGUGUUCUCCUCUCUUUUCUGAAGGCCUGAAAGGCAAGAAGGUAACCAGAGUAGAAGAAUGGCCAACGCAGGCAACAGCACGUGAAACAUCACACAGACCCCUUGAUCAUUCUGCUGUUAAGCCAUUUGGUACAUCCUACAAUGCUAGCAAAGACACUGAAAAUGGUAUCAACAUGAAGAAAAUUAUCAUGAGAGAUAUAAAUAGCAAUGAAAGUGCCACCGUGAAUUCAGAGCUAACAAGUAAAGCUAUUGGGCAUAAUGCACUUGCUGCAAAAACAUCUCCCAAGAAAAGAUACCUGAAAAGAACCACACGAGACUGUUACAAAUCUCCAAAUCAGAGUAACAUUCAGAAGAAGAGAGACUACAGAUCAUUUUCAGACAGAGAAAGUACCUUUGCAAACAAUGAAUGCAGGCAUGGUGUUCAAGAACAACUGUCUUCCAGUGUUGUCGUGAACACAGAAAGCCAGGCCAAACAUAAGUGUGAUGCUGUGCUAAGUGAUGAAGUCCAAGUUAGCUUGUCUUUGUUAGGAAACCACGUCUUAAUUCCUUCUCAACCUGUACUACAAGUAAAAAAUUCAAGAGACAAAUACUGUAUAACAGAUUUUGCAGAAGAAUUGGCAGAAACAGUGGUCUCUAUGGCAACAGAAAUAGCUGCCAUUUGUCUUGAAAAUUCAAAUGGAAAGCAGCCCUGGUUCUGUGCAUGGAAGAGAGGCAAUGAGUAUCUGGUGACCCAGAGUAUAUCAUGCAGAACUAUGAAAAGGAAAAAGGAAACCCAUGCUAAUGGCUCAGUUGUUCGGAAGCACAGGGCACCUCGACUUAGUGAGAUCAAAAGAAAGACAGAUGAGCAUCCUGAGCUAAAGGAGAGGUUGAUGAAUCGAGUAGUAGACGAAUCUAUAAACCUUGAGGACACACCAGAUUCUGUCAAUAUCUUUGCAAAUGAAGUGGCUGCAAAGAUCAUGAACCUCACUGAACUCUCCAUGGUUGACAGCAUCUGGCAAGGUCCAAACCAUCCCAGGAACAGGCUGCACUGUGAAAGAUGGAGCCGAGCCAAGGCCUCAAGCUGUGAGAGCAUACCAGAGGAGGAUACAGAUUCCAAAGCCUCUGUCAAUACUCUAGGCCUAAUGAACGCCUUUGGUCAGCCUGUGAGCCAGACAAGUUCUGUCUCAAAGCAAUCUAGUUGUGAAAGCAUUACAGAUGAGUUUUCAAGAUUUAUGGUGAACCAAAUGGAAAAUGAAGGAAGAGGCUUUGAUUUAUUACUAGAUUAUUAUGCAGGAAAAAAUGCAAACAACAUCUUGACUUCUGCUUUGCAACAGGUUGCUAAGAAAAACGGUCAUCUUAACGUACGACCAAGUUGCCCAUCCAAGCAGUCCAGCACAGAAAGCAUAACAGAAGAAUUUUACAGGUACAUGCUAAAAGAAAUAGAAAAGGAAAAUAAAGAUAAUGCAUCUUCCCCUCGGAAUUCAAAGGACUGGUGUGGCAGUUUGCUACCACCCUCCCUGCGAUCACCUUUUUGCUUUAGACAGUCCUCAGUGCCUGAUGGCAGAUCAUCAGGUUCUAGACUGACAGUUAACAUCCCAGUCAAGGCAAAUUCAUUAGAUGGAUUUGCCCAGCAUCACCAGGAUUCCUUAAGUGUACAGCCAGUCAGUACAGUGGCUUCUUCAGGUCUUUGCAAGUCUGACUCAUGCCUGUACCAAAGAUGCAAGACUGACCAAAUAACAGAUAUGUUGAUUCAUGAGACUUGGGCAAGCUCUAUUGAAUCUCUAAUGCGCAAAAACAAAAUCAUAACAGAUGAGGCAGAGGUUGCAGAGGUAGAUCAUUUUCACAGUGAUUCCCCACCACACGUGCAACAGUAUGCGAACAGACUGGCUGCAAAUAUUGUUGAAAGUGGUAAAAAUUUAAUUGUUGUCCAGCAGGAUGCCUUUGAUUCUGUAAGCCAAGAACACAUGCUGGAAAGCAGACAUCCCCAGAGUGCAACUCGGAUUCAAGUAGAACCCAAAAGGGAUGAAAUAAAUUUGGAUGAGCAGAAGGAGCAUGUGAAGGAGCAUGUGAAGAACCCUGAAUGCCUCCCUGCAGGUCAGCACAGGGAAGUGCCUUUAAUUCAGAUAGAAACUGAUCAACGAGACGAGUCAGAUAAAGACUCUGAGUCCUUAACUCUACACGAACUUUCUGAAAAGGAGCAUCAAGGCAAGGAAAAGCCUCCAGAAGCUUAUACUGGGAAGCACAUGGUUUCCAGUACCCUACUGAAUAGCAAAAGCACUCAGAGCAAGCCAGAUGCUGAAAUCACAGGAGAGACAAAAGCAGCUGAAGAAUUCCCAGUACACCUCAGCAGCAGUGAAGAAAGCACUGGCAGCUGGUCCCAGCUAGCCAAUGAUGAAGACAAUCCUGACGACACGAGUAGCUACUUACAACUCAGCGAACGAUCUCUGAGCAAUGGCAACAGCAGUACAACUAGCAGUCUUGGCAUUAUGGACCUGGAAAUUUAUCAGGAAAACAUGCCACCUUCUCCUAUGAUUAAUGACUUAGCAGAAGAAAAGGUUUUCCUUAAAGAACAGACAGAUAACACAGAGGAAAGUACUUCUGGGCUCUCAGUGGGAACAGCUAAUUAUCAAAAAGAACUCCUCGUGAUUAAUUUUGACCUGGAACCAGAAUGCCCCAAUGCAGAGCUGCGAGCCACCCUACAAUGGAUAGCUGCUUCUGAACUUGGAAUCCCAACCAUCUAUUUUAAAAAAUCUCAGGAAAACAGAAUUGAAAAGUUUUUAGAUGUUGUGCAGCUAGUUCAACGGAAGUCCUGGAAAGUGGGAGACAUCUUUCAUGCUGUGGUGCAGUACUGCAAGCUCAGUGAGGAGAGCAAAGAGAAGACACCAAGCCUGUUCGAUUGGCUCCUUGAACUGGGUUAGGAACAAUUGCCUGUUCCACGUCUUUGUUUUAAUCCAGUAAGCAGUGGUUCGUGUAACACUGAUUUCCAAAUAUCACCAAAUAAAAUGAGCAAAGAUAUAUUAACUACAGAAAAAGCACCUGUCUGUUCCACAACUGCACUGAGCAGAAUUGAAACCAAGGUGUAUUUUAUCCUUCUGUAUCCUGAGGGACGCUUGACAUAUUGUGCUGUAGGAUGUACUGUGCUAGAAAAAGAUGGAUUUUUUAGCUUUCUGAAUUAAUGGACUUCAUUUACUUAAUGAAUUCAGUAAAACUUAAUUGAAUUUCUAGUACAUUCCAUUUUCAUCAAUUUGAUUAAAUCAAUCAGCUGAAACAGGAUGGUAUACUAACAUUCAGUUUUAAAACAAUACUAAUGUUUGUACAGUUUUAACUUUUAGAACCUGAGUGUGUUCCAGGAUGCACAGAGAAAACCAUGCCCUUCAAUAAAUAAAACAUUUUAAAAGAAGUUUCCAUAGUCCUCUGAGAGGUGAAAACUUGUGAACACAUCAGAUCUUUGAAGUCAAAAAACAGAACAAGAAGCUGCUGAAAACACAUUUCACUUUCUUUCCACGUGAUCAUUUCAGCCCUAUAGCUGGUCCCCAUUCCUGCCUUCUCCUCAAGGAAAUACAAAUCUCAGUUAUUACCCUUAAAAAGCCUCCGUUCUUUACACUCGCAGGCAGUGCAGUUCAGUACAGCUGUGCUUGGUACGUCCCCAAGCACAGCUCUGCGAGUCAGGGUUGUGGAUUCCUAAAGCCCUGUCCCCACCAGGUGACCUCGGGCGAGUCAGUUCACCUCUGUGCCUCAGUGUCCCUAUCCAGUAAGAGGGAGCGAUGCUACGGAAUGUGUUAUGGGAAGUGUUUGUUUAAAGCACUAAGUAACAUGCUUUGUGUCGGUUAGAAUGCUGAAAAGAAAUACUAAGUUGAAUCAAGUAAAUUGUUAACAAGGCGAAGAAAAAUGUAUCUGAAAAGAGUGCUGUCUUGAAAUAAAAAUCUUAAUUUUUGUAAUUUUCAAGAAGUCAAAACAUUUGCUACAAUUUCAGCACAUGCUUGUUCAUUUUGGAUAUGUGUUGGACUAUGUAUGAUAGUCCACAUUAUGAUGACAUUUAUAUAACUGUUUGAUAAGAUAUACUGUGGUAUCUUCUCGCUGAGAUGAUGCUAGGUAUCACGCACUCAGUGAUACUCUCUUGACUCUGCCAAAGAGAUUGGCUUUGAAUUUAAAGGUAAACGUAACUUAUCACAUCAAAGCUCUUCUGUGAUUUGUUUCUUUGAAAAUCUUUAUAUUUUGCUUCUCCCUUCUUAAAUAGCAUACUAGAAAGCCUGCCUGCCUUUCCAAAUCAAAUAUUUAAGAGAUAUUUUAUUUUCCAGAUAAUAGUAUAUGCUUCUAUAAUAUUUUUGGGAGGUGGGGUGAAAAGAAGAAAACUAUCCUUUUGCACUAAAUAUUUUUGAAGAUUUUGAAGUAGUUUUAAGUAAUUUAUGAAAAAAGAGCCAUAUUAUUCUCAAUUUUAUCUUUAAAACCAUUGCUAAAUUUGCAUGAUUUCAUCACUCAUUUGUUAAGAAAUACAUACUGUAGGUGAAACCUAUUACAAAACAUUAAAUAACAUCUACAUCUCCGCAAUAUAUGAAGUCAGUGGAGGUGUCUUUACUGUCAAGAUAAAGAUCAGUUUGUUGCAUCCACUCAACCUAACUGCAGUACUGGGGCCCAUUCCUAGGAACUGCUGAACAUCCACAGCUCAUGCUAACACGAGUGGUAACAGUGAAUGCUCAGCAUUUCCAAGGCUGAAAGUUAGUAAAAAGCACUGGGCAUUGUAAAGUGCUUUGAUUGAGCCAAUAAAUGGGAAAGUGUAUUUAUUUUUAAGCCAGAUACAGUUAGUUGUCAGUAUAUAAAUUUUUGCUGUGGUAGAAUAAAUGUUUACUUAUCCUACAAAGCACAAAUAUCAUGACUGAGUUGUAAGUGUGAUGCAGUUUUCUCUGUACAGUAGUUCUCAAUGUUGCAAUUUGUUCGGAAAUAAAUUUA